AUGCAAAUACUAUCUUGUUGGGGAAGCAUUGCCUUUGAGAAGGUCCGGCAUAUCCAGGAGACUGAACGUUACACCAUAGCCACCUUAUCAAUCAUCACUCUGUUUGUUCUCUGGGUCAGUGCGUCUAAGUAUAUCAGAUUGAUCAUUCCGGAAGACCGGUAUCCCCUCGUCUUCGACGCGCAAGAGCGCUUCCCUUUGUCCUUGAUCUAUAAGCCCCUGAACUGGUUCAAGAACGGGCCAAGGAUUAUCCACGAUGCCUAUGAAAAGUAUCCCGGUAUCAUCUACCGACUUCCGUCAACUGACCGACCUUCCAUCGUCUUGCCUGCCAGGUUUUUAGACGAGAUUAGCAAUCUCCCUGAUAGUAUUGCUAGCAAUUCACACGCAACAGCAGACUUCUUCGUGGGAGCAUGGACGACUUUAGAUACCGAUGCCUUCAGCCAUACUACUCUCGAGACGAUCCGUACGCAGUACAUCUCAAAGAUCGGCCAGCAGGUCGGACCCGCGUCUGAUGAGGCAGACUAUGUCUUUGGGAGAUACUUCUCUAGCUACGAGGAUUGGACUCCAAUCGCACCGCAGCCGAAAAUUAUGCGAAUCGUCACGCAAACCAUUGCGCGAACUAUUGCAGGCACUGAAAUCUGCCGCAAACCCGAAUGGGUCGAGUCGGUGAUCGGCUACGCACAGAAUGUCUUUACGGCAGCUGUCUACCUAAAACUAGUACCUCGGGUGAUGAGACCCCUGGUGGCCGUCUUUACGCCGUACAUUUACCGCAUUUAUAGUUACCGUCGUAAGAUACGAAAAAUCAUCUCCCCAGUCAUCGAACAGCGCCUGUUCUGGCGCCACCAGCAGCCAGAAUUCUGGGCAGCAAGGUUGAAGAGUGAAGAGAUGAGCACGGUCGAUUGGCUGGUGGAAUACUCACCCCCUGACGAGGCCGUGCCGGAGAUCAUGGCCCAUCGCUUGACGGGCGUGAGCUUUGGGGCAUCUCACACCACUUCAAAUCAUAUCACAAAUUGCCUCUUCGAGUUGGCCGCCGACUUUGAUCGGUGGGCUCCUCCGUUGCGAGAGGAGAUCGAUACUAUCUUGGGACCUAACAUGACGAACGUCACCAAUGCCGACUUGUCCAAGAUGUGGAAAUUGGACAGUUUCAUGAAAGAGGCCCAAAGGUUCCACCCGCCUGCAAAACUUUCUGUGAACCGUACGUUACUAGAGCCGUACGAGCUGUCCUCGGGAGAUCAUAUUCCCAAAGGCAGUCAUAUUUCGCUUGCCGGCGUCCCCAUGUCCAUGUCGGAACAAUAUUUUGCGGAUGCGACCACUUUUGACGGGUUUCGCUUCGAGCGUCUACGCCGUGACCACGGUAAAAAAUAUAGCGGACUACAAUUCACAUCCUCCUACGCAGGUAGUCUUCAUUUUGGGCAUGGGCGGCAGAUGUGCCCAGGUAGGUUUAUGGGGAGCUUGAUCAGUAAGUUGCUGGUCAUUAAGUUCUUACAGUGCUAUGAUUUGAAGCUGCGGGCGAAGGAGUCAAGGCCAGAUAAUAUCAUGUUCUUUGAUAUGGACUAUCCAAACCCUGACUAUGAGGUCUUGUUUCGGGAUCGCAAGGUUGGUAUCUCUUGUUAG